GACAUCAUCUCCCCAGUCUGCGUGGGACUGGCGUUCAGUGAAACCGACACUGGAUUCAGUGGUAGCAGGCGUCCGCGUUUCACCAUUGUUUUGUUUUGCUUCAGUCUAUUCGAAACCACAUGGAAACACCGGGAAUAAAGGAUGCUUCGCCACGCCGCGACGUUUAGUCGUUGUCAUCUGCGAGAAGAAGACGACGACUUUCUGAAUGAACAACCUGUAUUCAUUUACCCGCCCGAGCCUCUGGCACUCGAACGCACCACUCGCUGUGGAUACCGCCGGGGAAAUGCGUUCAAUUAAAUAGAAACAUCGGUCGUCUGCUGUCCUGUGUUGCUCGUACGAGACGCUUCGUAUGGCUUUUACCAGCAGGACGACAUAAGGAGCCUCAUCACGUCACAUCCCGGUUAGAUAUGGCAGUCAGCACAACGGAGCCGCUCUGUCAGCCCUGCGUCUAUCAUGAAGAUUUUAAAGGCUUUUGUCUGCUUCCCCAAAACCUGACCACUCCCCUCCUGUCAUCAUCAAGCACCCCACAGAGGGUUGAUGCAGGGUCCCAGGCUUUGGUGACACCUGGAGCUUUACUCUCUGAAGCUUUACAUAGAGUAGAUGCUUAAAAAAAAAAGAAAAAAAGAGUAAAAUAAGAAAAUGUGCUGAUGUGGUUUGGUUUGGUGUGGUCAGUGGAGCUUCAGGUGAGGCGACCUCUGAUGCCUGUUCGCCUGAGUCCUGAGCAGGUGGGGCUGGAGAUGCUGUGUCUCUGUGGGCAACUGGACCUCCUCAUCAGGGCGCAGAUGCAACAGUUCCAGGAGCAGUUAGGUCAAGGCUGUAGCCCAGAAGAGUCGGACACCUUUCAGAGUGAAGGAUCAGAGAUUCUUGACCAAAUGCUGCAGUGCCUUGAACAUCUACCAAAGCCUAUGCCACAGCUAGAGGACUACCUGGACAUGGUGGGCCUCUCAGCCAUGUUUCCUCGGGUCGAGGUCUUCCUUAUUCAAGGCAGCCCUGUUGAUAUGCUGGAUCGGCCGCUGAUGGAUGAAUACUUCUUCCAUGUCGCCAAACUGAACCAGCUGCUGGUGCUGAGUCAGCAGCUGGAGGAGGACAUCAGGCACCUGGGUAGUCAUAAAUACAUAGCCCACCAGCUCUCAGUUAUAUAUCAAGUCAUCAGCUCUUUCAGGGGAAUCCAGGUCUUUUCAGAAAUAAAGAAGGACAUUGAGACCAACUUCAAACAGAUGAAGCAGUCUCUGAUGGCGGAGGAAGGCUGCAGGCACGAGCCUCAGCUGACGGCUCAUUACAUCAGCUGGAUAUUGGAAAUAACGAAAGGCCUAACGUCGCUGGUUCUGUCACUGCCAGAGGAGUUGACAGAGGACCUUCAUCAGGCCUUCACCUUUGUGUCUCAGUUCCUGUCCUAGAAGCAGAGUCACCCCCACUAACAUCCCAGUAACUCCAGUAAGAAUCCGGCUACUAACUGAACUGAACCAUGACUGACUUUUAAAAAGGUGCUAUGCCAUUUGAUUCAACUCAACAACGAAGAGCUGGACAGCCUAGAUUACUUACAGAUAAUGUAGAGUUUUUGUUAUUUUGUCGUUCUCGUGUUUGGGACUGAAUGACAGCCUGAUGAAGCCACCCUUGCACUACUGUAAUUACAACUUUUUUUUUUUUUUAAAUACCAUGGAAGAAUAAAAUUCAUUAAAAUGAA